GUAUGUGGGCCCGAGAGCGUGUACAAUGCGGUGGAGUAUAGUGCGAACGUAGUACGUACGCGCAAAAGUUCAAACAGCUAGAACACCACCAUCACGUUGAAUCUGAUCGUGUUCAGUUGUGUUUCUUCUUCUGAACUUAGUGAUAUCCUCGGUCGGUCAACAGAAGAAUUAUCGCAGCAGCGUUAAUUUUUAUUCUUAAUCACGCAAAUCAAAGGAACGCGUUAUAAUUUUCGAUGAAAUCCACUUCCUAUGUGCAAAGUUGAUGGGACAACAAGCAGCGUGGUAUCUUAUCUCUUUUGAUGGGGGGGGGAUGAGAGGACAAUACAAAGCGACAACAAUUUAAAAGAAACUACCGAGCACGUGACUGGGCGGAGUGUAAACCUAGAGAUUACGCAAAGCAAAGCACAAAAACUGAAAAAACUUAUUUAUAAUUAAGUAUCCCAAACCUUCAAUAAGGGGAGGGGGCAACCACAACAGCACCCGGGUUUAACAAUUACAAUUGAAAAACGGCAACAACACUUCACCGCCAACCUUAAAAACUUAUUUCAAAGUUAUAUCUCAUUGUGUCGGUCGGUCGAUAGGUUUUCGCUCAAAUGUCGGUUGAAUGUUUAAAACAAAACAAAUACCAUAUUACUACCCUUUCGCGUCUCGGAGGGAGAAAUUGAUUGAAAUUUGUAGAAUUGAAUGACAACAACUGAAAAUACUAAUGCCUCGCCAGCGGCGUGUAGGUAUGUGUACAUAUGUGUGCGGCGCAAACACUCACUCAAACCGCAACCCGAAAGACAUCUGACAAAUAAAUGACACAGGCAGUGAGAAGUCGGCUGCGACAUCACCCUGGUCACUUUGUGAGAGGGACGGACAAAAAGGUAAAUGAAAUUGGCAAUGCAAAUUUCAUCCUCACACCACAUUAACAUCAGUCACACACUUCAAAAAUGAUGCAAAACCAAGUUUAAAAGUCAACCACAAACAAAAAGGCGACAAAGAUGAAAAAUCAACAACAACAACAAAACAAAUCUAUACAUUCCGAACUUCACGGCGCAAGUGAGUGAAUAAUGCGCUUUAAAGGUUAAACAUACAAAAGCCAUAACACCUCGCGAGUCUCGAUAAAUACGCGAGAGUGCACAGACAUCGAUACAAAAACAAAAUCCGCCAACAAAAACAACACAACGUUUGGUAGAACGGCACCGCCGAUAUUGACCGGCUAUCUAAGCAACAAACGAACGUCUGUGCAAUUUCGAUUCGAUGUGCACAUUUGAACACAUUCAUAACCCACAGUUGAACGCCGCCGACGACCAUUGAAACAACCAAAGCCAACAACAGACGAAAAGUGUCACAUAUUAAGUUAUUCUGCUCAGAGCAUUGCUGUGCUCUGCUCUUAUGUGAAGUGAAUUUCGUUCUCGAUUUUCCACGUUGUCUGUCCGUAUGUUUGCAUGCAUACCCAUACUCUCAUAUAGAUGUAGUCUGCGGCGGGCGUGCAAAUGCACAUAUCCCUACACACAUAUACAAGUGGGUUGUAUUUGUUUUCAAUAAAGCACAAUAAAAAAAAAUAGUAAAAGAAAUGAAGAAGAGUGAGUGGUGGUAAAGUGAGGAGCGAGUGUCAAAACAUCAAGUUUUAUUAAAACAAGAAACGUUUGUUCGAUUGUCUGUCUGUCUGUACGUACAGAAAUGUUAAUAUAGUGCAUUCGGAUACAUACAUAUGCGUUUGUGCCUGUGUGUAUAUUAGUUCAUCGAUGUUGUUUAUAGAGCGUGUGCAAAUGUCAAAUGAUCUUAAUUUUAAUAAACAAAGUGCAAAAAAAAGUCCUAAACAACAGCAGCACAGCGUCCGUAUCAAAUGCAAAACGGGUACACAGCAAAUGCUCAAAUAACAACAAAAAGUCAAUAAAAGUUCAAUUCAUUUAUAGUGAUCGUGCAAUGCAAUGUGAAAUAAACCCUCUUGGCAACUCUGGAAUUCGAAAGAUUAUUGGAUAAUGUGGCCAAAGAAUUGCUGAAAUUGAGAUUGGAUAUUACACUUUUUUUGUUACGAUCCUGAUACUCCUCCAGUUCAGCCCAAGUUCCAAGUAUACUGUUAGAAGAAGCGCCUACCUACUGCCACCUUCUCAACUACAAAUCAAAAACUGAGCGAAAGAAAAACUCAUCCACGGCAGGUGGUCGACGAGAAAAUGCUCAGCGAACGAUCACUCCUGCUGAGUGGCUACAAUAAUAAUUCCAUUGAGAGCACCAAGAAAAGUUGCGACGAAAGCAAAACUCCACCUCCCAACAUUUUUAGUGUAGCUCAGGCGGCAUUGACUGUGACUCCAACGACGACGGCGGCGGCCGCUGCAGCUUAUCUGUACCUGGAAAAGGUUAAAAAUGAACGAAUGUCGCCCAGAGUAACUGCGUCCCAAAUAGAUUCCCUAAAGGAUGUCAUUAUGGAAUCGUCUGCCGCUGCUGCUGUCGUUGCAGCAGCCAUGGUAAAUAACAACAACUGUUCUUCGAUUAAUAAUAACAAUAAUAGCAACAAAAACUCCAAUAAUGGCAGCGGUAACAGUUGUAGCAGCAGCAGCAACCAAAGCAACAAUUCAAUUCAUAAUCAAAACCCAAUUGGUAACACUCUAACCAGCCCCAGUGAUGAGAUACACAGUCAUACCCUGCCAUUAUCAUCCUCAUCUCCAUCCUCCAACUUUGGUCAAACGCAACAGCAUCAGCAGGCGCCAUCGUCAUCGAUGCAUUUGAACAGCAAUCAUGUGAAAAAGGAAAGACUUAGUCCGACUGGCACAAAUGGUGAUCUGCAGUCAGCUCUAUCGAGAUCACGUAGCACAACGCCAUUAUCGUUUCGUGGCACAUCUCCGCAGCACUCUGUCCACAGUAGUCCGUCCGAAACAGUGGUUCCCAUGCAUAAUAUAUCUACAAAUCUUUUGAGUAGUAUCCAGCAAGCGGCAUCAUCAUCCAGUCGAAAUAAUAGCAUAAAUUUUUCCAGUGGACCGGUAUCUGGCCUACCCAGCGAGUUCACGACACGCAACUAUUCCGAUUUUAUGCGAAGUUUAGCGGCAAAGUACAAUAACACAAAUCCAACUGACUCAACUAACUCUAGACGUCAAGCGUUAUUCGAUGCGUCUGCAAAUAACGCAACCAAAAAGACAUCGUCAACAACAACAAAGACAUCAUAUACUGCACCUGUACCAUCAACCUCAAUUAGUAAAGAAGUUUCGAUGACGGCAACACACUCCCUGCCGCGGCCCAAUCCUCUGACUUCUGGAGCAAUUUCUCCGGGCGAGACCGCGCUCUCACAAGCGCAGCAAAGUCAAAUGGCUGCAGCGGCUGUAGCAUCUGCCGCCGCAGCCAAUGCCAGCGGGAGCGUGUCGCCCUUCAUGACCUCCUUCCUCUCCAGUUUACCCUUUGCUCAAGGCAUUUUUCCUCCACUCAUUGACAUGAGCAGUACGCAGGCGUUAAUAACUUUGGCUCGAGCAGCGAAAGAAACUGAAAUGCAAAACAUUUUGCAUCAGAAUUCAAAGCCAAGUACGGUCGAUGUGUCACCUUCCCCCACCCCCAGUUUGAAUAUGGCCCUCCAGCAAGCCGCCCAAUUUAUCUCGCCCGCGUUAAUUUACUCUGUCCAAGUGCAGAAGCAGCAACAAGUCUCAAGACAAUCUAGUCCACAUUCUACAAAUAUUACCAACUCGUCUUCUAGUUCCACCAAUGCUGCAUGCAGUAACAAUGCCGGCAAUAAAAGGAACGCUUCCCCCUUAGACCUCAGCUCACAGACGCCAACAUCGAAACGUUUUAAGGCCGAGUCCACAUCAAGCCAAAGUAGUAGUGACGGUCUUCUGACUACGACCAUUAAGAGGCGAACCUCAACGUCAACCGCAACUACAACUCCAUCUCCCCCGCCCCACAAUGAAAACUCAUCUUCCAGCCCCGCUGCCACAGCGAAUGCAGACCAAGUGCACACUGCAUGUACACCAAUCACAAUAGCAAACUCCACCUUGGCCAACUAUGGUUCAAGUACACGCCAGUGCCAGGCACACAGCGAAGAAGUCAAUUCCUGGACAGUGCAUGACGUUUGUUCAUUUGUGGGGAGCAUAGAUAUUUGUGCCGAAUACGUUAAGCAUUUUCGUGAACAAUGUAUUGAUGGUUCGGGUUUACCGCUUUUAACUGAAGACCAUCUUGUCAAUUCGUUGGGUAUGAAGCUUGGACCCGCGCUAAAGCUACGAUCGAUGUUAGCGAAAAAGUUGGGUGGACCAUGUCCUUGUGUUGCAUGUGUCGCCCAAGCACAACAGUUACUAGCCCUUCAAACAGGUGCAGGAUUAACACCUCCCAUCGGCAGUAGCAUGACAUUAAAUGCCUCUCCAACUACAAAUUCUGCAGACAACAAUGGCACUACCAAUCAGCCAAACACAAUAUCAAAUUCUAUUAAUACUUCCGAUGCAUCAAUGAUCAACAAAAUCACAAACUGCAGUGUCGCUGAUGGUCCAGCAAUGACGACAUCAACAACAACAUCAUUUAGUAGUCCGAUUUCGAAUAUGAACAUCGAAAGCAACGUUGGUCCCCCAAUCAGCCCAGGCAAUAGUAAUUGCAACACCAAUGUUGCCAGUUUUCCAACGCCAACAAACAGUAACAUCAGCAGCAACCUGAACAGAAGCAGUUACAGUAGAAAUGGCAAAAGUACAACCAGCAGUCGUGACGACAAUGGUGGCGGUUCCUCGUCCAGCUAAUAUCCCAAUACAGCAUUACCGUCAGUGUUGUAUCACCUUCCAAUACCAGGCAAUAACUCCCAACUCUACCAGUACCAACCUUGGCUCAUAUUUAGUUACAAGGAGCUGGUCUUCAUAUGAAAACGCAAAUUAUGUGCAAAAAUUAUUUUAAGAUAUGGCCAGACUUGAUGCCCAUCCCAGGCCAGGCUUGAUGCCCAACUUGCAUCCCAAGAUUUCAAAACGAAUAAAUCAAAAACUUGUACAAUUAAAAGUCGGUUGAACUUGCUCACGAAGUUAACUUAUAAUGCAACGGAUACACAUUUCUAGCCCACUAUUUAAAGCCGCGUCUGAGAGGUGUACCGCCGAGCGUCACGACGUUUUAAAUUGCUUAAAUACUCUCAAAUGUGGUCAACAUUUAAUAAGGGGAUGCCACUGCAAAAAAAUGUUUGAGGCUCCGGACUAGAACCUAGGCGUUCACCAUCUUGUCCAACCAGAAUAGACUGAUUAAAUGAUAUUUUAUGGACAUAGCAUUUCGUAUAGGGAGAGAUUUAUAGCCUGUUCUCCGUGUCGUCAUUUGCUUUACACAGAAAAAAAUAACUCGUAGAAAAUUUGUAUGUGAAACUAUAAAUUUUCAACGAAUUUUAGCAUUGAAUCGAAGACAUUCGUUGUUGAAGUACUUAAGUAAGUCUCAACAAGAUACUUGACAGACAAAAUGAUUGAAAUUUUGUUGACUCAACAAAUUCUUUAGUUGAGGUAGUUGUAAAAAUAGGCGUACCAGCAUGUAGAGCACAAAACUCCCAUGCCAUUCAUGACUUGCAAACACAGGGCGAGUCCCCCGGUCGGCCAAAAAAAAAAUUUUUUUUCAUUAGACUUAUUUUUGAAAAUUCGGCAUAAAAAAUAAGAAUUUCGUAUUCAAAACAAAAUUUUAGAGUGGUUUUUUACCUUUUUUUUAAUUGAAUUAACUGUGCAGCAGUACUUAUUCAUUUAUUUCAUCAUAAAGAAGAUGAUGACGGUAGGCUAAAGGAUGUGUGCAAGACUACCAAACAUGAGAUCAUGAGUUCUCAAUACCUAAAUUAUUAAAAUUGUUUUUUAUGGGUAAUAGUAGAGAAUGACCGAGAGGUAAAACGACCGAGAGGUAAAACGACCGUUCGUGGUAAAACGAACCAGACAAAGCAGAGCGAACCCGAACAAAGAAAACAAAAACACCACCGCCCGAAGCAAAGCACAUGCGUUGGCUGGUUAGAUGGUUUUUUGCCUUGCUUAUGGAUAUAUUGUUGUUGUUGUUAUAUGUUGUCUUGCAAAAAGUGCCUUUCAACAACAAAUUUGUACUUUGGGUCGUUGAGAUUCAAAAUAAAUUGUUGCAGGAAAAUUAAUAACUUUCUUAGUUGUUUUUGCGACCAAAGUUGUUGUUUUUCAAAAUUAUUUUUAUCUAUGUAUAAACGAAAUAAAGCAAGCAGUUUAUGUUGAUUUUCGUCCAGAAAAAAUCUAUGGUUAUAUAUCCGCCUACUUUAUUAUGGAACAGUUUUGCUCGGAAUCAACUUAAUUUUUUCAUAGUGAAUAGAUAAUAACACCGCCUUAAGCAUCGAAACCAAAUAGACUAUUUAAUGCAGCAACAAAACUAUAAGCGAAUUUUAAGGUGAAAAUAAAAAAUUGUCCAAAAUUUGUUUUUCACUGUGCCCAUAACAUAUAAAUAAAUAAAAAAUAUUCAUUUUUGUCUAUAGAAGAAAAAUUUAACAAAAUAAUAGAAAACUAAUUUCAUAAGGCAGGCAAAAAUUUGUUUGAAUUUUCGGCCAGUUACGUAUUGUUUCAAUAGAAAUAUCGCACUGACGCACUCAUACAAAAAAGUCCGUGGACAAAAGCAGACAAUGCCAGCUGACUGUUAAUAGUAAAUCUUAUUCACAUAGGACUACGAGUUCCCUUAUGCAAAAUCGGUGCGGGUAGUGAUGACAUACCAUCACUACCCGCACCGAUAGGGCAUGUGGGGAAAACUGAUGAGACGUUGGAGCAUUUCCUUUGUCAUUGUCCGGCUUUCGCGGCUAACAGAAACCGGUACAUAGGUGAGGACACGAUACCAGACAUGAACCAACUUAGGAGAGUGGUUUGGAAAACAAUUAGGGAUUUUGUAAGUAGCACGGAAUUCCUAACUUAAGUUGUUUUCGAGGAUACUUUUUAGUUUUUAGAGCGCACAACAAUCCGAUUACUGGCUUAGGUGUAUGUCUAUAGUGGCACGGGGCAGAUUAAUAUCUGCUCCAUCUUUCCAACCUAACCUUAUAGUAAAUCUUGCUGCUAUCACAGCAGUAGUUCUGCCGUCAUAGCAAAAUGUUUGCAAUUUAAAACCAGCAGGCAGCCUGCUAAAACGUGUGUUUGCUGCUUAAUUUAAGAAGAGGUUGUUAGGGAUACAGUAAAAUAAAAUAGAUUAAACUGAAUAAAAUAAAAUAAUAUAAAACAAAAUUGAAUAGAAUAAAAAUAAAACCAAAUAAAAUAAAAUGAAACAAAAUAAAAAUAGCAAAACAAAAUAUUAAACAUUAAUUUAAUUUCAAGUUUGAGCUCAAUGAUAAGGGGCCACCUUUUAUAGCCGAGUCUGAACGGCGUGCCGCAGUCCGACACCACUUUGAGGAGAAGUUCUUACAUGGCUACCAUACCAAAUGUCGCCAGGGGAUAACCACCGCCAAAAAUUUUCAUGAUGUUGUCGCCAGGAUUCGAACCCAGGCUUUCAGCACCAUAGGCGGACAUGCUCACCUCUGCGCUACGGUGGCCUCCAGAUGUAGCAGAUGGAAAUGUUUACUUAAACACCAGCCCUGUGUUUGCUAACUAGACGUCAACUUAUACCUAUAGUCGUGAACAUAACACAAUACUCAAAUCGGCUAAUAAUUAUGCCCUCCGGAAGCUCAAUGUUAGAUAUUGAAAGUUGUAACAGAACAUCAAAUGCCAAAUUUUAGCCAAAUCGGUCGAACUAUUAGAAUAUGGGCCGGUGACAGGACUUCGCAUGUAGAAUUUUAAGCGAAUCGUUCAAAAAUUGAGCCUUACGGAAGCAUGUGAAGUCAAAUGGGGCCGAUUUGGACCAUUUAUGUAACCAACCUACACUAAUAAGAAAUAUUUGUGUAAAAUUGCAAAUGCCUAGCUUUACUCCCUCGCUUUGCUUUCGACAGACAGACGUACAGAUAUGGCUAAAAUUUACAUUGUCAUGAUUAUAUACAUAUACUUUGUCUUAGAUCAAUAUUUCGAUGAAUUACAAGCGGAAAGUUAGUAUUCUCUUAACCUUUGCUUGAGGAUAUAAAAAUUAAAAAUGUCAUAGCUAUAUCGCACUAGCUAACAAUUACUAUUUACUUAAGAGACAUCGAACACAAAUGCGUUGCAAAUUCCUUUCAUUGUGUUGCCAUUACGUGAAGCUGUAAUUGGGAAGCUUUUAAUACGAGUCAAAUUUACACGCAGUAACUAUUUUUAAUGGAGGCUGGCUCUUAACAUUUAUCAGUGCAGAGUUUGUAUACGUUGUUCAACUCUUCCUUUUAUCCGUUCUUGUUAAAAACAUAUAAUAUUUAAGUCCCCAUUACUCGAGAAAUCAAAUCGCUGGAUCAGUACAUAGGGGGUCCUAGAUACACUUAUGGGUUGUCAGUGUGGGUGCAGAAAGAAAGAAGCAAUUUCCAAUUAUAAAACGAGUUAACCCGAUUGCUAUCCCUAGCCACCUGCAUUAUAUAAAAAUAUCUGCGCACAAUUUCAAUCGAAUUAGAAUACCACCAGAUCAAGACGGUCAAAAAUAUAUAUUCUCCAUUGACAAGAAGAUCGAUAUCGAUCGAUGAACAGAAUAGCAUUCACCCAUCCUAUCAUGUGGUGAUGGGUGGGUAUGCAAAGUACAUGCGAGUAUAUUCCCACUUCACAAACUUUCGCAGUAUUCCAAAAUGUCAAUUUGAAAAAAUCUAUCAUCGGAUCUAACUAAAAUAUUGGCAACACUGACGACUUCGUGAAAAUGUGGAAACGUUUUUAGGUAAAGGCUGGUACUAGGUUUUAUUUUUGUUUGCGAUAAAAAUCCGAAUUUAAUUUUUUCGGUGGUUUGACAAGGUUACCACAUUUGAUUUUUUUUUUGGGUUCUUUGGCCAAAAUGUUGUCAUUUACAUAUACAAAUUAAUAUGGCACCAACCAAGAUAUAUUCAUUUAUAAGUAGUGGCAGUUGCCCAACAACAAAAUAUUGAGUGCACUAUCUGUCAAAAUCAAUGAUUAGUGUAACUCUGAUUUUGUCUAUGUAACUAGUAACGCGCCACUUUUCCUUGCUUGUGUGUGUUGUGGUUCUUAACUAUAAUACACACACACAACCAAAAUUCGUUGACACAUAGUGCACUUCGCGAGAAAAAAUUGUACUCAGCUGUUUACGACACACUAGCUGAUAGUUAUGUCAUGGCACCAACCAUUUAUCAGCUGCUUGCAUGAAUGAGUACACACAAAUGUGAGUGUGCGCAUCUUACUGAAAUUCGUGCAUGUAUUUUCAACCAUUCGAAAUUAAUAAAUUAUGAAACACUAAACUAUUGAAAAGAAGAAACGAAUGCAGCUUUUAUUUGUAAAAAUAAUUUGAUUUUGUAGUAUUUUCACUAGUAAAAGUGAAAUAACCACAAAAGCCUUUGCCAGCAUCCUCCACUUGUUGUUGUUGUUGUAGCAGUGUUUUUGUACACUGAGGCGGCAGCCCUUGCCGAUGAAGGAUUUCAUCAGAUCAAUCCGGUACGUACAACCGGCUGCCUUGAAAUUGAUCUUCCACUUGUAUCAACAUAUUGUUGUUGCAAGACUAAAAGCACAACACGUUCUUUCACAUUUACAAGUAUAUUUAGUUAUAUUUAUGCAUCCACAAAUUUUAAAGUUUUUCCAUCCCGAGUAAGUAUAUGUGAGCAAGAAUCAUCAACACGAACAAACACUUAGUUUGGCGAUCGCGUUUAUUUUACAUAAGAAAAUGACUUCUUGUGCAGCGACUGUGCUCUUUUUAGUCGUCAUGAAAUGUAAAUUUUCCCUAGAAACGAACACUUUUCAUCAAUAUUGUCUCAUUUUUUUUAUAUAUGGAGUUUCACCCCGAAAACCGAAUAUAGUCCAACCUUAAAAGAGAAAAGUUAAGACGCAUUCCUAUGCUACAAAGUUCUGGUCCAUGGUACAAGUAACGGAAUUUGUUAGCCGAUACCCUGUAGCUAAAACAGGGGAAGCAAAUAUGACAGCUUUUUUAGAUAAAAAUGUCUCCCCGUUAUUUUCACUAACAAAAUCUUCUGUUUUUACUUCUUAUCUGCAAAAGAACCAAAUUACUGCCGAACCGCUGAAAAAAUUUGCUAUAAUAGCAAACAAAAUUCUAUUGAAUUCAGACAGUAUAAUCAAUGCAUAUAACAAAACUGACGUGUUUUCCAGGGUAAUAAGUAAAUAUGACACCUUAGUACUGGCCAAGGAUUUUGAGAUUAAUACAAGAUGAUCACGUUGCUUCUUUUCCUGUAGGUGUCCGAGUUCAAAUGAAUCUUAAAACAUUUUUUGUACAUAGGCGGCUGUGGUGCAAUGUGUAAAGUCGUUUGUAAACAUUCAAUGGAAUGGAUGGAAUACAGGUUCGAUACUCAGCAGCACACAAAAGUUUGUUGCAAUCCUUUACAAAACUGUGCACUAGACGUUCUCAAAAUGUGAACGAGUGUGGACGUUUUAUUCACAAAUUUUGUUGGUUUAUGAGCAUUUAUGGUUGAACUGAUAACAUCUGAUUCACUCACUUUAAUGAACGAAUGUGGGUGGUCACCGACGUGCUUGAUUUUUUCUAUGAGUGUAGAAAGAACAAGCGACAAAAGCCGAUGGGCUUGAAAAAAAUGCGCACAUGUAUUAGGGGACCCAGCACUGCUUAAGAAUGAAGUUCGAUGAAGGACACAUGACUACACCUAAAUGCUGAAUGACAAUGAAUUACCAUGGUUUCUAAAUUUGAAUCAUGUGAUUGUUGCGUAUGGUAGACUUCAAACGCUCUGGCUGAAUAUGGAUAUGUAUUUUAAUCAUACCCGAGUAGACACUCCUACUUGAGUGAAUUGAGAUUUAUUAUGUCCAAAGUGUACAUUUCUGAUAUAGAAUUAAGAUUAUUUAGAUUAGCAAAAACCAACUAUCGCAAAACAUCUGAAAACCAUUCAUUGAAACAUCUUGAUUCAGCAUCAACUGUAGAAAAGUUUAAAGUGAAAACAGCAUACACAUUUGGUUAUGUCAGUUAAUUAAAGGAAUCCCAAAUAUAAUUCGUAGAUUGAUUCAAUGUAAGCACAUUCUGCUUCUUUAUUUUUUUGAACAAAAUGUCUAGCUAGAUCAACCGAAUGUAUAAUAUUAAAUUAAAAGUGAAAACUUGUAAUGCUGUUUUGUAAAUGCCAAAAUCGUUGGUGAAAGAAAUUAUAGAUUUUUUUUUUAAUUUUAUACGCAAUCGGACUUUUGACUAAUAAGAUAACAGCUAUACAGCUGAAUAAAUUAAGUCUUCUGUAAAAUGAGUUAUAUGCAAUUUUUGCAAUUCAAUAAACACACAUUUGUAGUCAAUUUAAGAAUGUAAGUUGUUUGUUACUAUCGUUAUCAUCUUUAUUAGAUCCUUCAUUACUGCAAAUACUACUGCUAAAUACUAUUAAUCUAAUCGAACAUUAUUAACGUGUUAAAAUGAUUACUUUCAUAUAUUGACAUUUUAAAAGUUAUUUUUUAAUACAACACUUUACUUACAAUUUUAAACGCAAGUGUACUUAAGAUUUUUACAUACAUGAAUACAAAUAUUUUUUAUCCAGUGGGCAUGCGUAACAUAUGCGCCCAUUCGUACAGAUAAGAAUACGCAUACAAAUACAUAUAAGCAUAUUAGAACUAUUCUCUAGAUUUCAAUCAAAUAAAUAAAAUUACAUUGUAAUUAUCUAACAACUAGUCAUAA